AUGAACUCUAUACGAGACAUCAAUCUUAAAAUAGGAUUUGACCUUAUACCUAGAGCAGACGGUAAUCCUUCAAUACGAUUUCGAGACUUUGAAGAUUUCAACUUAAGAAAAUUUGGAAGUAAAUCAGACAAAUCUAGAAUAUCCGUUAGAGCUGAUACUUCAGUCGAGUCCGCAGAAAAUAAGGAGGAAGAGCCAAAAGAAGAGAAGGAAUCAGAUGCUGAAGUCGCUGCAGCAAGUUCAGGUUGA